CGGUUGUCGUGUGCUAACAAUGUGAAAAAUUGAAAAUGAUGGCUUGUAAAUAGUCGAAUUGUGAUAAGAGACAAUUAUUUAUAUCAUGGCUUCUUCAAUGGAUGAGUGUGUGCUAGAUUUUGACAUUGAACUUCUCCAUAAUUCAAGUAAAUAUGAACUGGAAAAGGCGCUACAUACCAUACGUGUUCUGAAAACGAAAAUUACAAGGACAAGUGAUGUCCUGAAAAAGUAUUAUGCAAAAGUAGCAGAAUGCAAGCAGCUAGAGGACCUUGCACUUGCGACAAAGGAAGACUACCAGCAUGCAUGUAUGGAAAACCUGACGUUUAGAGAGCAGACUGCUGGAUUAGAAGAGGAAAUAAAAAAAGCGAAUGAAGGUACUAAAUUAUUAGAAGAAAAAUACAACAAUGUGCUUAACCAAUAUGAGGGAAUACAAUCACAUUCAAGACAAUUGGAACUACUUGUUAAGGAAAAUGAAUCUAAAAUUGAAGCCUUAAAGGGUGAAAACGAACUAGAGAAGUUAACUGUAAAAGAAUCAGAGAAAAAAUGUGCAGUUCUUGAAAAAGAAUUAGAUUAUAUGAAACAAAACAUCUGCCGUGUCAAACACGUCGUCCUCGGAAAGAAAAAAGUAACAAAGGAAAUUAAAUUAUUUUUGAAUAAAUAUGGAAGUUCAGACGGAAAUGAUAAUGAUGGGGAAAUUAGUUCUGAUGAGGAUACUUUUGAAGAUUGCCUUUCGCCUUUGGCUACCGAGAUUGAUGGUGAUCUGGGAUCACUUGCCGGAAAAAAAGUUGAAACUGUACUCAAAAAUCAAAGCAACAAAUUCAAAGAAGAAAAUACAAACAUUGAAGAUGAUUCUGAAAGUAGUACUGGAGUUGUCAGUUCAGACACUGGCCGCGGCUCAUCUUUAGCCUGUAGCUUAGCCGGCUCAAUUCUGAGCCCAGAGUAUUUCAUAAACCACAGCCCUUCAAGUGGUGAAAUCGUAGCUAGUAAAAAUAAAAUGGUUAUCAGUAUUGCCACAAGCCCCAUUUUAACACGAGAGGUCAGCAGCAUCGCUACGAGUCCGAUAAUUUUUAAAGAUAUGCUCUCUAAAGAAAUAGAAACUGAACAUUCUGAACUAUCAAAUAAAGAAAGUUUGCACAGCAAAAUACAAUCCAAUAGUAGUCCACCCGUUUUGAUAGACAGAGUAGUCAGCCCCAUAUUCGUAGCCGAGAAGGUCGAUACGUUAGCGAGCGGAGAAAAAAAUACAAACUGCGUGAGCGGCAUAAGUCCACUGAGGCGAAGUCGAAGAAUAACAGACCGUAAUUCCACCAGCGAUCCCAACACUCGAGAGAAAGAAAACUCAAUUACGAACAACAUCAACGAUUUCGACGACGAGAGCAGCGACGGAGAAAUUCAGAUGAUAUUCCAUAAAAUGCGGUUCAACCAGAACUUGAUAACUCCCCUCCCCACCACACCCGCGAAAUCUCGCGCAGAGGCCGCCGCCAACAUCGCCACGCAGACACUCGCCACGCACGCCGCCGGCGCCUGUCCCGACGCCGUCCGGCUGCAGCAGGACAACGCCGCCCUCAAGGACACGGUGGACAAACUGGCGCAGCAAGUCACCACCAUGAACGACACCUUCAUGAAAUGCUUCCUGUCGAUCCUCAACGCCAACACGGCAAACACCGAAGCGCAAAAAAUGUUACGAGAGAAGUGUUCGCUGGAAGAGAACGGAACGAGUAUUUUCCAAAAUCUAGAACCUAAAGCGCCCCUCGUCGGAGACAAAGACGAAUCGGUGGAUAAAUCCGACGUGAUCAAAACGAAAACCGGGUUCAAGGAGAGAAUAUCUAAAAUGAAAGAACUGUUUGACGACUCUUCACCCCCGAGUCCGAAUACUUCAUUUGAGCACCUCGUGGCCCCGGCCGCCACGGUGGUGUCUCGUGCCCCGUCGCCCGCGCGCUCGCUGCGGUCGCCGCCGUCGUCGCCGCGGCGUCACUCGGCUUCGCCCCCGCGCUGUCUUUCCUUAUCCCCGACGCCGGCGGACGACAACGACACCUCAAACAUCAGUAACCAGCAAAAUAUUAGCUUCAGAUCCAAGGAGAACCUACAAUUUGAAGAUCCGCUGUCGAACGAGGGGUCGAUAUCGGGUGAGACGCCGUCGGACCGGGAGAUGUACGAGCAUGAAAUCGUCGUCGAGCUGGCCCCGGAUUCUAACGAGAGCGAUAGAACUAGCCUGCAUGCGAUUCUCAUGGAGCAGCAGCUGGCCGCUCCCGAGGAGCGACCUGUCGAUUCCGGGGAAAAAUCGGUGACGAAAACGCCAAAGAAGAAGUUAACGAAAUUGGAAAAACUCCGAAAGAACAUGGCGCCCAGGAGGAAGAUAGCCAAGGAGCGGUCGCCGGAAAGAAGAACUAGGCAAAAGUUACGUAUUCAGCCGAAGCGCUUGACGGCGAACAGACAGAGGAUCCUGGGCGAUUCUGUUUCCCCUGAAAGUAAUAAGGCCGCGUAUGAAAAAGCUUGUAAGGUUAUGGCCGAAUUGAAGUCUAAAGAAAAAGUACUUACGAAGAAGCCUAGUUCUGGCUCCGCUCCGAUAAUGAAUGCGCUGAAAUCUAUACGGAAUGAAACAUCAUCCCCAGUAAUAGAAACUGGCGUAUACAAUCAAAAGCAUACUCAAAGUACUGGUCAUGAUAGUAUACUGGUGGUAGAAAAGUUGUCACCGGUAUCUCCAAAUAAAUUACCUGAAAAAGAUCGUCCUGUCCAAACUCGUACGAACCUAGAUUAUACUAAACAACGUAAUGAAAAUAGACAUAGUUCUAUAACUCCAUCAAAACCUAUUGAAACAUCAAAAUGCGUAGCUGCAGAAAAGAAUACAUCCGUACCACGACUUCUAACUCGCAAUCAAAGUAAAAGUGAGAGUGAACAAGUCUGCGUUCUGGAACCGACCCAAUUUGACACAAAUCAUUUGAAAUCUCCAGCUCUUAAGAGAUACAACAGAAAUGUAGUUUUAAAUAAAAGUGAAACUAAUAAUAAUACGCAAAUGCAAAGCUUUGUGCAACAAGACAAUCUCAUUAUAUCGGAGGAUAAAAACGUAAAUACAGAGGCAAUCACACCCGAUAGCAGAAAACGACUAAAGCGCCCGGCAGGUGACAAACCAGAUAUUAUUCCCAAAAGAAUAUUACGUAGUUCAUCAAUACAAUACGAGAACGAGAAAGAAGCUAUGCAUCCUGAAAGUUUACCUGACCAGGACAUACAAACUAAAAUACAAAGAGAAGUUUCUAAAGAGAUUAUUAGUUACGAUGAUCUAGACCUAUUUAACAACAGUGACGUAGAUAAACCUGAUAAACCAAUGCCAAAUGCCAGUGAAGUAGAUAAACCGGCUAAACCUGAUAAACCAAUGCCAAAUGCCAGUGAAGUAGAUAAACCGGCUAAACCUGAUAAACCAAUGCCAAAUGCCAGUGAAGUAGAUAAACCGGCUAAACCUGAUAAGCCAAUGCCAAAUGCCAGUGGUGCUUCAGCAAAACAGUCAAAUAAUAAAAAACCUGGCAUUUUAUGCACAUUCAUAGAUAAAUAUGGCAGGAGAAACAUGAAACAUGCUCCCAAAAUUCCAGAUAAUGUUGUCAGUGCAAUUUGUGCACAAUUAGAAGACAGCAUUGCACACAUACAGAAGCUCCCUCCUCAAGAUACAAAGCCGGCAAUGGACCAAUUGGUGAAGGAGUUGAAGACCAAACCAUCGGACCAUGUUAUAUUUGCUCUUAUAAACUUCUUGAAGGAGCCUGCAAGAAAAAUUGAGUCAUAUAACAAAAUUAAUGUCCCACCCGCACCACCUAUGACCAAAGUUGAGCAAAUACUUAUAUAUGUAGUGGCACAACUUAAGCUAAAUUGGACCAAUCUCAAUGUUGUUGAAAGCAUACUAAGCUAUAUCGAAUACACAUUAUUUUUGUUGAACCGGACACCAGACUUUGACGUUAUUGAAACUUUGUCACACUUCUAUGCAGUUUUAUGUAGAUAUAAUAAGGACAGAAACCGCCUGAGGCUAUUUAUAAUAGACGCCAUGUAUUGUCUGCAGUACAAAGCUGUGCCGCUUAUAAAACAAUGUAUCGAUGUGUGGAUGCACAUAUUGCCGUUGGCGCAUUUGGGACUAGCUAAAAAUCCCUUGGUACAAUGUCUGGUCUAUCUACUGCACUUCUACAAAUGCGAUGAUAAAUUCAACAGAGUACAAGAAAUAAGAAAUAUACUCCAUAGGAAGUAUUCCUACGAAGUUUCAGAAUGGAAUGAACCUGGCAUUCUCGAGAUGAUCCGAACCUGUAUUCUAGAACUGAGAGACAUUUCGGGCGAGAAGAAAAUGAUAAGGAUGUCUCUCGUUAUCAUUGCAAAGAGGAAUGGCGCCCAAUGGUGUCAAAAGCACAUAAUUAAAAACAUGCUGCUGCCGAUUAUUGAACAAGCUACUGUACCUGAUAGGAUCAAGCAGUUCUGCAUAGCUUUGCUGGGACCAUUGCUGAAGCCGUUCCCUAUGGAAAUGAAAGUUAAUUGUGAGAUUGUAAUGAACCAGCUGUUUGAUAUUUUGGAUCGUAAUCCUUCACCACAAAUGGAGGAAGCGGUCUUCACGAGCUUGAUCUUCAUGAGUCGACACAACGUAAGACGGGUGGUCAGAGCAUUGCUUUGCUGGAGUCCAGAGAGGAUAUCACCGGAAUUUGAGGAACUACUAAGGAAUUUUGUUAGAGAGAGACCAGUGAAGUCUUGGAAGCAAUUGGUAUCGAAAAUCUUUAUACACAACUGAAUCUGGAACUUGUGUAAGAACUUUAAAGUUAUUUUAAGUGAUGGACAAUAUUUUAAUUUCUUAUUACAUUGACGCUUUUUGUGUAAGUUAAGCUAAGAAAAUAUAAAUUAUGAAAGGUUGUUCAAAGUACCUAACUACCUAAGUGCUGCAACCUGAUUAAGUACCUAAAAGUAUAUUGUUUAAGAAACUAAAGCUUUAGGAGCUUGAGUCAUGUAAAUAGUAAAUUUAAUUACACUACAUCUGUGAUCGAGUAAG